CUAACAUCAAUCAAAUCCAAUCUGGAAUACUUGUUUAGUAUCAAUCUUUGUACUCUGAAGCGUAGUGAGAAGAGACUAUUAAGUAACCCAGUCAAGAUCCGUACGAAAACGAUCAGCUAAAAUAAAAUAAAUUAGAUUAAAUUAAAUUAAGAUGUCUGUAACACAGUCUAGUUCUUGGUCAUCCUUUCUCAAGUCAAUUGCAUCAUUCAAUGGUGACUUGGCUUCUUUGACCGCUCCUCCAUUUAUUUUGUCACCAACAUCUUUGGUGGAAUACUCACAAUACUGGGCGGAACAUCCAGAUCUUUUGAUUGAACCAGUUCAUUUGGCUUCUUCCGAAAAUUCCGAUUCCCAAGAAAAGGAGGCACUUGCAUUAAAGAGAAUUAUUGCAGUUACCAGGUGGUUCAUUUCAACAUUACGUUCGCAAUACUGUCUGCGUAAUGAGAGUAUGGGUUCUGAAAAGAAACCACUCAAUCCAUUUCUUGGUGAAGUAUUCCUUGGGAAAUGGGAAGAUAAAUCCGCUGAUGGCAAACUAGGUGAAACAACUUUAAUAUCAGAACAAGUAUCCCACCACCCACCAGUGACUGCUUAUGCAAUUAGAAAUGAAAAGAAUGAUGUCUUACUUCAAGGGUACAACGGGAUCAGAGCCACAAUUUCAACUGCUAGUAUUACUGUAAAGCAAUAUGGCCAUGCAGUCCUUGAAUAUAAGUCGCUUGGUGAAUCUUAUUUGAUUACUUUACCACCACUUCACAUUGAAGGUUUAAUUACUGCUGCUCCAUUUGUAGAACUUGAAGGCACUGCUUAUAUUCAAAGUUCUACUGGAUUCAUGUCUUCAAUUGACUUUUCCGGAAGAGGUUACUUUUCAGGGAAGAAGAAUACUUAUAAAGCCAGAAUUUUCCGUGACCUGCUUGCUAGUGCUCACAAGGAGUCUGCUUUAGCUACCAUAUCAGGACAAUGGUCAGACAAAUCUUAUAUCUGUAAAGGCUCAUCUACUCCAUCAAGUAAGUCUGAUGAAUUGUUUUAUGACGCACAAAAUAAAAAGCCAGAAGGUUUAAUUGUGAAGCCAAUUAACGAACAAAAUGAAUUGGAAUCUAGAAAAGCUUGGGCUAAGGUUGCAGAAGCAAUUAAGAAGUCAGACUAUGAUUUGAUCAGUAAGGAAAAGACUAUAAUUGAAAAUGCUCAACGUGAAUUAAGAAAGAAGGAGAAAGAAGCUGAGGUUACUUGGGAUGCUAGAUGGUUUGACAAUGUAGACUACUUGGCUAAUAAAGAUAGACAAGAUAAAUUCUUGAGUUUGGCCAACCAAGGUAAUUUAUCUAUACACAAUGGACCAUCGGGAUCAUUACUACAAUCAAAAUAUGAUACCGGUUCUGCUACGCAUUGGAGAUUUAACACUGAAAAAUGGGCAGCAGAAAAGGACCUUUCUAUAUAAUUGUGUCGAAUAACUUUUAAAUUAAAUACAUCUAUAUCUAUAUACA